AUGGAACAAGAUGUGCUGAUGAUCAUUCUUUUCUCAAUGAUAGCCACCCAAAGGAAAGAAGCCCGCGCCUGCGCCGUUCCCGCAAGGGAAGGCCGGUGCCACCAAGAAGGCCGCAAAGUUAUUGAGUCUGGGUGUGCUGACUGGUGGCAGAACCCUCUCCUCGAGAAGCGACCCCGAAACUUCGGUAUCGGUCAAGAUAUCCAGCCCCGCCGCAACCUUUCUCGCAUGGUGAAAUGGCCAGAAUAUGUUCGUCUCCAGCGACAAAAGAAGAUCUUGAACAUGCGCCUGAAGGUGCCGCCGGCGAUCGCCCAAUUCUCCAACACUCUCGACCGAAACACCGCCGCCCAGACCUUCAAGCUCCUCAACAAGUACCGCCCUGAGACCAAGGCCCAGAAGAAGGAGCGUCUGCACCAAGAGGCCACUGCCGUCCAGGAGGGCAAGAAGAAGGAGGAUGUUUCUAAGAAACCAUACACUGUCAAGUACGGUCUGAACCACGUCGUUGGUCUGAUCGAGUCGAAGAAGGCCUCGCUGGUCCUGAUCGCCCACGACGUCGACCCCAUCGAGCUCGUCGUCUUCCUGCCCGCUCUCUGCCGCAAGAUGGGUGUCCCCUAUGCCAUCAUCAAGGGCAAGGCCCGUCUCGGCACGGUCGUCCACAAGAAGACCGCUGCCGUCCUGGCUCUGACCGAAGUCAAGUCCGAGGACAAGGCCGAGCUGAGCAAGCUGGUCUCCGCCGUCAACGAGGGCUUCAUCAGCAAAUACGAGGAGCACCGCCGUCACUGGGGUGGUGGUAUCAUGGGUCCCAAGGCCGUCGCUCGCCAGGAGAAGAAGAGAAAGGCCAUUGAGAACGCCAUCAAGAUCUAA